AUGCAAUCUGAUUUCAAGUAUAUAAACGUUGUCCCAAUCGGAAACGAGUUCGUCGAUCCCAUCCUCUCCCGCGUCCAUCCGAAUUUCCCCGGCAAGGGUUUCAACAUCAUCCGUCUCCGUCGAUUCUACACGCGCACGGUGAAGAAGACACACCUCAGCUUUCUCGACAAGCUCUCCACCAUUCUCGACGAUUUUCCUCGCCUCGACGAUAUUCACCCUUUGUUCAGCGACCUUCUUCGCUUGGUUUUCGAUAGAGAUCGCUACACGUUCGCUCUGGGUCAAGUGAGUACCGCGAGACAGCUCAUCACCAACAUCGCUAACGAUUAUGUGAAGCUUCUCGAGUUUGGUGAGUCACUGAAGCACUGCAAAUCCUUAAAAGCGAACGCUUUUGGGGGAAUGCAUAGUGUUGUAAACGAAAUCACUUCUAGCUUGGCUUAUCUAGAGCAGAUCAGGCAACACAUGGUAAGGCUUCCUUCGAUUGACCCAAAUACACCAACACUGUUGAUCUCUGGGUACCCUAAUGCGGACAAGACUUGUUUUGUGGACAUAAUCAAUACCGGAGGAGCUGGUGAUGAUGAUGAUGAGUUCACCACAAAGUCGGAGAUUUUUGCUGUUGGUCAUACUGAUUACAAGGAUUUGAGGUACCAGGUGGUUGAUGCACCUGGGGUUUUGGAUAAGCCUAUAUUUGGAGACUGCGAUGUUAUUAUCACUGGAUUGGCUUGUCAUCUUCCAGCUUCUCUUGUUUUGUUCUUUCUUGAUGUCUCUGGUUCGUGUGGCUACAGCGUUGCGCACCAGGCUGGUUUUUUCCACAGCUUAAAGUCUCGGUUUUUGAACAGACCUUUGCUAAUUGUCUGCGACGAGACUGAUUUGAUGCAAGUCUCUGAACAAGAUUGGGAAGUGAUUGAAGAGAUGAGUAGUGGGACGAUAUUGGGAGGAAUGGAGGAAGAAGAGGUGGGUUUGAAGAUUUGUAAUCUGAGGACGGAAGAAGGUAUAAUGUCUGUGAAAAAUGCUGCCUGUGAGAGGCUAUUCGACCAAAGAGAGAGACUGAGUAGCAUAGCUCAGGCCAAAGCUGAGAUUUCCAGAGACAGAUACAUCUUGGCUUAUCAAGAGUGGAUAGACGACGAGACAAGUUCUCAAAAUCUUGAUGAUGAUCAUCAUAGAGUUCCAGACUUGUUGGUUGAUUCGGACGUUUUGUUAAGGCUUGAGGAUUUGGAACGUGAAGGAGUAAAGCAGUCUGAAGAAGUAAAGCAACCUGAAGAAGAAGAAGAAGAAGAAGAUUUUGUGAUGGCCGAGGAACGUUUUACAGAGGAGCGCAAGGAUCAACUAGUUGGCAUUCGCAAGAUUCAACCCUUGCGGAUAUUAAUAGCCUUAUCAUUUUUUAUCCUUGUAGGGAAUACUUGUGGAGCCAUGAGCCAUUCAACAAUGUCUUUUGUAAAAUAUUUUUUGAAUGAUUAG